AUGCUUACUGGAGAUGCCAUGUCGGAGGCAGUCAGAAAGCAUUCUAGGCUAAGACCACCACUCUCCAUCUUAGCCAGUCUCCUUGUAGUUUUGUUAUCUCUCAACAGUUUAGAUGCAUCUUCUAUUAUCUAUUUUGCCAAUCAAAGCUCAAUUGACCGACUAGUUGAUAAUGUUGCUGUACCAGUUAUACAAGUUGGUACCAAACCUCUCUCCCUGGACUGCAACAGCUGUGACGACAGGAUCUACUGGAGCACGGACCACACCAUAAUGAGGAGCUUUGCUAACAGUUCGACCAUCGAAACAAUCCUAAGCGUGAGUCUCGGCAGACCUCAAGGUGUAGCCAUUGACUGGAGAUCCAACCUCAUCUACUACACUGGUACCAGGACAGGAGAGACUCAAGGCUAUGUUGGCGUGGCUUCUUGUAGUGGCUCCUACCAGAGAAUAUUUACUAAUUUAACACCACGGGAUCCUGGCCCUGUUGCUGUGGAUCCUUUACACGGUUUCAUGUUCUUUGCUGAUACCUAUUGCUGUAUUUGGAGGGCUAACCUAGAUGGAUCCAAUCCCACGAAAAUAAUAGAAAACUUAAACGACAUUCGUGAUAUAUCAGUUGAUGCCAUUAACUCUACACUUUAUUGGAACGCUCUUGGUGUUAUCUAUAAAUCCAAUCUAUCGGGCGGAGACCAGGAGAUGGUGUUACCCUCCUUAUCUGAUACUACAAGCCUAAGUGCCACUAAUGACACUCUCUACCUCUCCAGACGACGAAAUGGUCAAAAUGGGAGUUUAUAUUCAUAUUCGUUUGGUUUGCUAAACACCGUCAUCGAAGGCAGCUCGUUUGAUCCUGGUGACAUCAGUGCUUUCUUACCAAAGAGUUUCCUAAUGUCAGUUUCAGGUGGUUGUUCCUCUAUCAAUGGCGGCUGCUCUAAGUUUUGUUUCACUCUCCCUGACCCAUCCUCUCCCAGUGAUAUCAGCACACAGUCUACCUGCAGCUGUCCCACUGGAUUCAAACUAAAUGCGGACAACCAAAGCUGCAACACAGUUCCUCAGUUAUUCCUGCUCAUCGGUCAAAGCUCUUUUAUUAAUAUUCUCUCGUUUGACGUUGAGGGGGAGGAGUUGCCCCUCCCACUUCCUUUCCAUGGGAAUGGAGAGACUAUCGAAUUCGUGACUUACGACAGAAAGUUUGAGUACCUUUAUUGGUCCCAGAGAAACCCCCCGGCCAUAAUGAGGUCAAAGAUUGAUGGCUCUGGAAGAAGUGUGGUCAUAAACGAGAGCAUAGCGUAUCCAGUGGGUGUGGCUAUCAGCGAAGACGGAUCCGUACUUUAUUGGGCUGAUGUGGGCCUUGAUAAGAUAGAAGUGGUGUCCAUCAAUCAGUUAGACUCCACCCACAGGAGGGUUAUUGUUGAUACUGGGGUGGACCACCCACAGGGUAUUGCUCUUAAUGAAGAACUAGGUUACCUUUAUUGGACUGAUACUGGUCUUGAUCCAUCAAUAUGGAGGUCAAAUCUCGACGGCAGCAACCAACAGAAGUUAAUUAAUAACGAUCAUCACUCCAUCUUCUUUCCUGGACCAAUAGCCGUUCACCAGUCGACCGGUGACAUAUACUGGGCCGAGGGUCACAUUGACCAUCGUAGCAUACGUAAAGCUGAUAAAAACGGAGCCAACAUGGCCUCAAAGUCUCUGACGGAUGAGACAGUGGCUGGGUUGUUCUUUUUCGGAGAUGUGCUGUACUGGACUGAUAGACAAAAUGGCCGACUUAAGAGCAUACCUGUUGGACAGUUUUUGAGUUCUUCGUCAGGUACUGUAAUAUCAAGCACUCUACUCGGAGUGACUGGGGUAACUGGUAUUAACGACACACAACCACUGACUGAUCAUGGUUGUGCAUUGGGUAAUGGUGGCUGCUCUGAGAUAUGUGUUUUAACUGGAACCAACGGAACAAGGAAGUGUCUCUGUAGCGAUUACUAUAAACUAGAGACAGGGAGUGAGACAAAGUGUGUCGACAAUACUAGCAGUAAUGUAAUUAUAACUACUAAUAACAGGAUCACACUCUCAGUCCAUAGCCCAGCUGCUGCUAGCGUCAUAAAGCCAUUACCAGUUCAAUCUCUCGACAUUGACUCCACCCACAACAUGAUGUAUUGGAUCAGCAGUGAAGAUGGGAAUAUAUACAGAGGGGUAAUUCCUUUAGACGCUACAAAUAUGUCGACUUAUGAGUCUCAGCUAAUCAUUACUUGUUCCCGUGGCAUCAUAUCGGAUCUCGCCAUUGAUUGGUGGGGGCGUAACCUUUACUGGACUAACGAGGCACUGGGAGUGGUGGGCGUGGCCAAACUGAACGGAAAUAAUCAACAGAUUCUUGUCAGUGGAUUAGAAAAACCACAACGGAUUAUAGUCAACCCGUACCAAAGUGUGCUGUAUUUUUCAAGUGACACUGGACUUCAAUCUGUCCCCCUUACAGGGGGUCCUGUGUCUACAAUUUGGACCAAGACCCCCCAGAACAUGAGUUUUGUCCCCACUAAUGUUCCAAUUCACGAUAUCACGUUAGACGUUUCUGAUCAGUUUAUAUUCUGGUCCUGGAGCAGCUGCAUAUAUGAGUAUCGGAUACUAACGUCACAUCUUGUAGGGAAGAUCUGGUGUAGCCAUCAUCAUAACGAAGAUGCUAACGGCUUCCAUGAGCCAACUCUUUUGAAUUAUAUCGAUGAAUUCCAGCGCCUUUAUUUCCUCCUCCCAUCCAACGAUGAGGUCUAUUAUUAUAAUGAACAUACAGGGGAUGAUCAGAAUAGGGUACGUUUAUCUGAUUGGACGGCUCUUUUUGAUAUGGUAUCAAUCCAUGGAACUAACGUGACUGCAAUGAAAUUCAACCACUACACAACACAACCUGGUGUCCAUUGGUGUUCAAGAUUCAAUGCUGAGUGUGGCAAUGAUGGAGAUACAUUGUGUCUAGUUAAGGAUAGCUAUCAUUACGAGUGUCGCUGCUCACCCACUAAAUACAAGACUUUGGUCUACGACUACAAUAGAGAGAUAUGCAGGAGCCAAUGCAACUCUGUCAACUCUUUUGCUCUUCUCUCCUCUCCCUCAAACAUAUUUUUUCUUCCUAUUCGUGACUCCGCCCCCUCAAGCACCACACCUCCAGAUCCAGACUGUGUCACGCCCACCCUAAGUCCACAGAAACUCUUUCUUCAUUUGAACGAAUCCAGUUUAAGAGCUAUGUCCUACGAUCCUUCAACUGGAACAGUUUUAUGGAUGGACACUAACAAUCGGAUUCAUACUUCAUAUCUUAACGGAUCAGGCCAGGCUGUAUUGGAGGGAGGGGCGGGGCAGGAGGUGUGGCCUCAUUCUUCAUACUCUAUGGUUAUGGAUUGGUACGGAGGUCAUCUAUUUUGGGUCGACCCUCUGACCAAUCAGAUUUAUUUCGUUAGAACAAGCGGACAGCAUCGUGGGACAGUGGGGUCAUUGCUCCGCCCACUUUCAGACAGACAGACACGCCCAACAGCCAUCGCCAUGGAUGUGGGGAAAAGGCGGCUAUAUUUCAGCGAUGCUCACAGCUGGUCAGUUCAAUACAUUCCUCUGGACACUCCCUCUCUUGAUCCUGUUGCCAUAGAAACGAAUCCUAACUUGAAACUGAAUGUAUUUGAAAUGGCGUACAGUGAACUGACAGGUUAUGUGUACUGGUUUGACGAGUUGAGGGAAGUUAUUGAGAGAUAUGAUCCUUCCAGCAAUAAUGUAACAGAACUGGUCACCAAUGUAUCUAAUAUAACAGCUCUCACUGCUGUUACGUUCAAUUCUGUCUCAUAUUUAUACUGGUACAACCAGUCUGACUGGUCCAUAUACUCGUUUGACGAGUCCACAGCUUCUCUUAGAGUGUAUGCUAUACUGGAAGAAGGGACAAUUAUUAACUCUUUGGAUUCUUAUGACGCCCACUCAUUUUACAAUAUUCCAUCACCGUGUGCUCAAUCACUUUGUUCUCAUAUCUGUGUUGUUUCUGAUAAUUUCACUCAGUUCAGUUAUUCCUGUGGUUGCCCUGGCUACCAAUCUCUUGGAUCUGAUAAUGCAACGUGUACAGAUCUUACAUGUCCAGCUGGCACUGUCUCUUGUGAUGAUGGUAGUUCUUGUAUAUUUUAUUCAAAAAUUUGUGACGGUAGCAACGACUGUCUUGACCAAUCUGACGAAAAAGACUGCCAAUGUAACAAAAUAUUUUUAAAAUAUAUUUUAAUAUUUUUCGUCUCUUCCUUAGGCCCAGUUGAUAGAUUCAGGUGUCUCACUGGUUCCAGUACUUGCAUUAAAAGAGAUAAACUCUGUAAUGCUCUACCAGACUGUGUUGAUGGAUCCGAUGAGCUGAACUGCACUGAUUGUCAGUCGGGGAUAGUCUGUACUCUGAGGAACGGGAUCAGUCAGUGUAUCAGUAGCAAUUGGAUCUGUGAUGGACAGCUUGACUGCAUUGACAGUCAAGACGAAAUAAUUGCAAUCAAGCUUCAUCCUCGAUCCCUCAGCCCUCCUACUUCAUCUGCCCCGCCCACUUCCACCAGCUCAAGCCCCACCCUCUCUUCACCUGAUUCCGCUAGACUAGGUAUCAUCAUUGCCACCUGUCUCAUCUUCAUAGUAAUUGUACUAACCUUUGCCUGCUCAGUCUGUCUGCUAAUACAGUGUGUCCUCUCUAAAAAGCGUAACAUUACUUAUACCUCUCGUUACGAUUUCCCUACCUCCUCCAUAAAAUCAGGCUCCUCCCCCCAGCCACACCUACAAUCAAUCAAUACUUCCGAUAUGUCUAUUAAUACUAUGGAAACUCGCUCUACCCAUGUUGAAAAGACUUCGGAAGAUGCUCGAAUAAUAAAACGAUUAUCUACGAUUUCCACCGACCCUAGUAACCCUCCUAACUCGCCGAUAACUACUCACCGCUCUGUAGCUUUCAUGGGGGGCGAUGAAAUGUCAGUGAUGUCCAGACCCUUUAGUGAACUUGAGGCCCCCUACCCAGUGGUUCCGAAUCCUUCCAUGAAUUUUGACGCUAUGAGUGAUAAUAUCUCGUCGGUUUCCCAGCACCGUUUGCCAUACGUGAAUCACCAAGGCAACGGGGUGCUACCCCUUGCUCCCCCUCCAUCUCAUUUUGUCGUUAAUCGAGACCACACCCACCACUCCUCCCACCCUCCCCCUCCCUAUCAGUCAUAUUAUCAACCUCAUGUCCUAGACUUACAUGUCAUUGACGAAGACGUUCUCACAUUAGACGAAAACGACUGUGCAUCUCAGUUUCAUUCAGUGCCACACCCCUCGCCCCGCCCAUCCCCACAUCGGGUAAUCCCCCACUUAUCCCCAAGUCCUGAUCAAAUUUCUAACAUUCCUCUGGCAAUGCUACAGCACGAUAAUAUCUCCGAGCACACCUGUACGACUAUUUCAAUGACAACGUUUAUUGAGCCAUUGCCGCCAGAGUAUAUGUCAUCGCCUGCUAACUCUCCAACUCUUGAGGGAGAGGAUGGGGAGGAGGAGGAAGAGAGGGAGGGGAACAGAGGGGAGGUACCCAUUGUACAGUCGUAUUACGAUUGCCCGCCUCCUCCCUCUCCUGUCACUGAACUGUCAAUAAACCUUGGAUAA